AUGACUGGAAUUUCUUGAUUAGUACAAAAUAUGGGUCAGCAGAGGAGGGAGGACAUUCAAAUUCCCCUCUUCCUUCCUGCAACUAUUAAAUUUCCACAGCGGAAGUAACCCAGCACUUUUCAGCGUAGCUGAAUUCAUGACAGUGAAGCUUUUGAUGGGGUAAAACAGACUUCUGUCACAUUCAAACCAUACUUCAGUCCUACGCCUGACUGUGACAGUACACAUAUUAUUCUUGUCUUCCUUCCCUGUCCUCACAGGAAUAUGCACAAAGAUGAAGCAAAACUGAAAAGUGACAAACAUGGCUGCAGAGCACAUCACUUGCCCAUGCAAGUCUCUGAAACUCUCUCCAGAGAGAGUCUGUCUCUUCUAGAGCACUAGAAGAGCGUUCCCUUACAGCACUCCACUGUUAUUUUGGACUCCACUUUUAUCACAAAACUUAACGUGUGUAUCUCACAAACCUGGCUACCCAAAAUGUAAGGCCUCAUCCAAAUACCUAGUGGAGAGACACUGCCCCUGUAUUCUACAAGAUAAGUCGGGGCAAAUCAAAGCAACAUAGGCAACCACCACCUGUCAGCUGCUUACAUGAGAGCUUCUGCACACAGAGGUAUCAGUGGCCACCUGUCACAUUACCAGUGACAAUCAAGCCACACACAACCUAGGAAUUCCCAGCCUAGCCCAUUAACUCCAGGUUGCACAGGAUUCCCAGCAGAGCCUCUUACAGAAGUCCACGUCUUCCAGGUCACGGAAACCUCAGUUUAACCUCAGCCAGCCCUUCACCUAACCAGCCCCUAAUGUGCUCCACGAGUGACACGAGGUGCAAUCGCUCAGGCGAUGCGGCACGGAGAGCAUCAGCUGCUUGCCCCAAAUUCACCCCGCAGAACUGAGCGCUGCUUUGGGCAGAGGUCACCUGUGUCCCAGGAGUACAGCACGCUGCUGCAGGACAGACCCAGAGCGCAAGACCUGUUAGUGCCACCAGCAGCCCUCACCAGAAGCCCUCCACACCAGCCUUCGCACUGGGCAGCACUCACCGAGGGACAUUCACCCAACACUUCGGGAACAGCACCUCACCCAGAGCAUCCCCCUCCCGGCACUGCUUCCCCCUGGGACAGGAGCGGACGGGAAGGGCGGCCUCUCACCUGGAGGAGCACGGCCAGCAGGACGCACAGGUACACCUGGAGAGGUGAGGCAUCACGCAGCACUCCACUCAGCUGCGUGGCUGAGCACUGACAAACUCAAUUUGCUGGAGGAGAGCGUGAGAUGACACGGUGCAGUCGCUGUUGCUGUGAUAUGGACAAAUGGCCUCUUUUGUUCCAAGCAAGACGUCACCUGUCCUGAGGAAGUACAUCUGUGCAUAGGAAUGGUCUGACAGCCCCAGGCUGGAGUAUGUGUCUCUCCCAACUACUCUGUCACCCAGGAAAGAGCAUUCCCCAUGGCUACACACAGACAUCACAUUUAAAAAUAACCAAGUUCCACCUCGACUGUGGGUGAGUGAAAGACAGAAGACAGAUGCAUUGGCUGCCAGAUAGACUUGACAUCUACUUUUUCUUUCCUCACCCUGGCAGCCAGCAGUUGCACACAUGUGCACAGGGUCAUUUGAACUGUAAAGAAAUCGCCGAGGGGGCGAGGGGACCUGGAGAGAAAGGCUAUCCAAACGACUCCACCGAGGCUCCUCCGCCCCCUCCAAGAUGAUGCUUAGCCCGGACCAAGCUGCCGACUCCGACCACCCCUCCUCGGCGCCCUCCGACCCGGAGUCCCUGGGCGGCGCGGACGCCCAGGCGCUCAGCUGCUGCGUCUCCGAUCCGGAGCCCGCCGAGGGCGGCGGCGGCGAGGGCCGGGGCGGCGGCGGCGGCGGGGAGGGCCGCGGCGGGGGCCGGCCCGGGCUGCACCCGCCGCCGCUGAGCCGGGAGGAGAAGCGCCGGCGGCGCCGCGCCACGGCCAAGUACCGCUCGGCCCACGCCACGCGUGAGCGGAUCCGCGUGGAGGCCUUCAACCUGGCCUUCGCCGAGCUGCGCAAGCUGCUGCCCACCCUGCCCCCCGACAAGAAGCUCUCCAAGAUCGAGAUCCUGCGCCUCGCCAUCUGCUACAUCUCCUAUCUCAACCACGUGCUGGACGUGUAGUGCCCGAGAGACGCCCGGAGCCCCGGGACCCCCAGUCCCGCCGGCCCGGGUCCGGCCGCGGCGGGCAGCGCCUUCCCCGGGGCGGGCGGCGGGGCGGGGGGGUCCCUGCUGCUUGCGCUCCCCCCGCGGGGCUCCCGCCCGGUGGAGAGCCCGCUUUUCGAAGAGAAGUGUAAAACCGGAUUGUCUCUUCAGGCUGUCAAGUGCCCCUUUAUAUAUAUCCAAAAACAUCUACUUGUGACCUUAAACGUGUGACCCAUGGGUGCAGUUAAAAAUAACUAUUUUUUAUUUAUGGUAGAAGGAGUUGACAAUUUAUUUUUUUCAAGAUUUAUUUAUUUUUCAGAGUGGUGGCAAUUUUACUUUGGAUACUUCGUGCCAAUUGGUUUCUAUAGUCGGGUGUUUACACUUUCUCCUGUGGAAUAUUAUGUUUGACUUCAUGAGUGUUUGUUGAGAUCAAUACAGUGUUCAUUUUCUUUUCUUUUUAAUUUAUUUUUCCCUCCAAUUAUAUUGCACUUGUGUACCACAAACCUCCCCUCCCUCCCUGUUUAUAAGUAUAUUUUAUAUAUAUCAAGGCAUUUGCUCUUGCCUUUUUUUUCUUUCUUUCCUUGUAUGGGAUCAACAACCACUAGCACUUAACUAGGAGAGGUUUUUUUUAAAAAAACUUGUUGUUAUUCUGAUCUAUAGUUGCGUCUGAAAAGUACUUUGCAAAUCGUUUAUAAGGGAAGUAGUUUUUUUGUGGGUGUAUAUGUGCGUGUGUGUAUACAUGCAUGUGUGUGGGAGUGAGCGUGGGUGUGUAUGUGUGUGGUAUAUUUUUAGGAAAGGACAUUUUUUCCUAAAAAAAAAAAGAAAAAAAAAAGAAAGAAAAGAAAAGUAAAUCCAGGACUGCUUUCCUUUGUGACAACCAAAAAAAAUUCUAUAACCUGAAAAUGUUUCAUGUUCUUUGCUGUGAAUCUCUUAAAAUAAGAAGCGCAUUUUAGGGACAAAAGAGUAAAAGAAAAAAAACCACAUCUGCUAUCCAAAGAUUUUAGUCUUUUUCAGGGUUUUUUUGUGUGUCUAUGUUGCUUUAUAUAAUGCAAUAUUUUGUAGUGAAAAUAGAUAAAUCUGGUUUCUAUCUGAUGCGUUUUUCAUAUCUCUCAUGAAUGGUGAGCUGUUUUGCAUAUAAAUAAAAGUAUCAAAUAAAAGCUGUUUUUUCCUAAUUAUUUUUCCCUGUUGGUCCUUCUGUAAGACAGACAUGAGAUGUCUUUAUGAAUAAGGAUUGCAAAGGCUUCUCAAGUCGUGCAUGGGAAGCUUCAACAGGUUACCUGCCUCUUCCUAGGGAGACUUGGAGUGUAGUCCCUCCACCACAGCUCCCCUGCUCCAGCCGCUCUCAGCUGGCUGCCCUGCCCAAAAGCUGCCCUGCCCAAAAGCAAAGGAGACACCGGACCCUUGCUGUCACUGUCUCCCACUCUCAUCCUGACUGGCAUCUGGUCACAUGUUACAAAGGUCAAGCUGUAAAAUCCAAUCUGAUGCUUGCAAGACCCUGUUUUGCUAUCUCACUCUUUGAAAUGUCUGGCUUUACCACCCAAUCUGUUUUGUCCUGCCUGAGUGCACUGGGUUUUCUUUCUCUUGUUUAAACUCAGCUUUGAUCCCUCUCUGGCCAGGUCUUAUUCUACAGAAACCAAGGAAAAAU